AUGGAAAGGGAUAGAAUAGACGAUGCGUCUUUUGUGGUCAUUACCGGCUCGCCACAAAAGGACAAGAAAAAACGGAUCAGUCAUGUCCGGUCCGUGAUCCGAAAGUCUCAGCUUCGACGAGAUGGACAGCUACAACCUCGUCCGGUGGCCAGAAUUAAGAAUCAAACGAGGACUGGAAAUGAGCUGGGGUCUCCAAGCCGAGAGCUGGCAUGGAAGAUGGAUUUGUCAUGGCUGACCGUUUCGGAGACUGUGAGUAAGAGGUUGAGAUAUUUCUUCCACCAAUACAUCGAAUCAAGCGCCUACCUUCACCCCUUUUUCCGCACCAUGAUCCCCAUCACGGUCCUCAAUCCACCGCUCAUGAGCACCAAACUCGUGAACGCAACUGCAUGGGACGAUCUCAAUGGACCUAACCCUGAGAUUAGUGCUUUGACUUUAUUUCAGCGAGAUAUCGCUGAGAAUAUGCUCCUAGAUUCCAUAGCGGAGGCGACAAGCCCUAAUGCCGAUAGUACUCGUAGUGAUGUGAUCCUGCUCUCGCUGUUGAGUUUAUUGUCAUUCGAGAUAAUAAAUGGUGACGAAGUUGGAUACUUACGACAUAAAGCAAAUAUUCAUCGUUUAGUUGACAUGCGAGGCGGAAUAGACGGACUAGAUGUGAAUCUCAAAAUCAGCUUGCUAGUCAUAUAUCAACUCGAAUCAGUGAUCAAAGGAUUUGCUGGCUCAGUGACUCCAACCUUGGGAUAUACUCCAAAUAACGAGACGUGGGCGAUGCCCCAACCAACCGAUUUCAAACUCAUGACCUUUCAGCGGGGUCAAGCUCAGUUCUGGGAAGGAAGAAUCGGUCUCUCGACUAUACGUCUUUUGAGUGAUUUCUUCCAAUUAGUCAUGCUAUCCAUUCAGUAUCGACAAAUAUCAGACUAUCAUCAAACCCAGGCGGAGGACUCGCAACGACUCCUCCAAACCCGAAUACAGUGGCAUUUCCUCCGCGAUAACCUUAUCGCUCUGAACUCAAUUCCAUUCUACAUCGAGACUGAUCCACCUGUAGAUCAAAUCUUACUCUACGCCAUCCUUCUAUACGUCUUUCCUUCUUUUGCAGCCAACCAGGCGGUACUAAAAGAAUAUAUCAACAAACUACAAUCCCUUCUACAAAGAUCAAAUGUCCUAGAGCUAUACCACGGCCCAUUACCCGGGGCGUUGAUAUGGUGUCUUAUCAUCGGCGCAAGGAAGAGUGGCCAAGGUUUUUCUGGCCAGUCCGUAUCAUCGACUCGACAAUGGUUCUUCAUGCAACUGAUGCGUAUAACAUGUCCGGCAGCUCUGGAUGAUCCACUUGAGGUGUCGAGGAAUAUUGAUAUGAUAUUAGCUGGAAUGGAUGGUGUGGAUUGUCUGUCUACAGAGUCAUAUCAUUCGGGUCUGAUUCCUGGUUGA